UGUGGGCUGCGGGCUCUGGUUCUUUUGUCAACGUUUCGGCACGGUUAGAGCUAACGACGGUUUCUGAUUAUAAAAGCCAGCGGUAACGUCUCAAAUUCAUGGAGUUGUCAUUGAGCUGCCGACAGUCGCGUGUCCUGGACUGCAAUUGAACAAAGUGCUUAGUGAUCUUACAAAGUGUUUGCAAAUUUGCUUAAAAUAAAAAAAGAACAUUCUUUACCAAAGAUGCAUUUGCUUGUGUUUGUCUUAGCUUGCAGCUGUCUGGCUCUAAGCCAAGGCGCUAGCCAUGAUUGGGGCUAUCCAGAUCUGGACAACAAUCAAAACGAACCGUUUCCCAAAUGGGGCGGUCUGUGUGAUGAGGGCAAAAAGCAAAGUCCCAUUAAUCUGCAUACAAAAGGCGCACUCAAGGGUCUGUUUGAUCCACUGAAAUUCGAGAACUACGACGAGAAGCAAUCGCGCCUGCAUAUGGUCAACAAUGGACACUCGAUUCAGCUGUCAGGCUUCAAGCAUGACUUAACUUUGCGUGGCGGCGGCUUGAUGAGCGAAUUUGUUGUGGAGCAAAUACACAUGCACUGGUGGUCAGAGCACACCAUCAAUGAUAUACGUUAUCCACUCGAGGUGCAUAUAGUGCAUCGCAAUAAGAUUUACCCAAACAUGAGCAUGGCAGCUGACUUUAAGGACGGCAUAACAGUACUGGCGGUGCUUUAUCAUGUGUCCAAUACACCUAAUCAGGCUAUAGCCAGCAUUAUCAACAGCUUGGACGACAUCAAGAGCUAUGACCAGAUGAACAAACCUGUGCAGGUGAAGGAUAGUUUGGCUGUCGAUGACUUGAUACCCAAUGUCAGCACUUACUUCAACUAUGCGGGGUCGUUGACCACGCCCACUUGCGCUGAAGCUGUUACCUGGAUAGUGCUAACUGAUACGCAUCCUGUUACUUUGGAUCAGGUCAACGAGUUCAAGGGCAUUGAGUACGAGAAGAACAAGCAGCUGCAUAACAAUUACAGAGAACUGCAGAGUGAAAAUAAUCGCGCUGUGGUUUUGGUAUCACAACGAGCGGGCGCAGCACAGCUUUGCAGCUUGGGCGCGCUGCUCACAUUGCUGUUGGCCAUAACUGUGCAGCUAUAAGUGCCACACACAGCUAGAGCUGUAACCAAAGAUGCAGAGAGAGCAAAGUACCAGACCAGACAAGACAAUUUAUACUCAUUAUUUGUUUUUUCAAAUGAAAUUUCAACUAGUCAAAAUAUGUGUGACAUUCAAAGCAUUCAAAAGCAUGUGCCUUAAAAAAAAAAA